CUCGACGUUCACUGUUUACAAACCCUAAGUCGUAUCGAGAUUCAAUUGCCUAAUUCACUGUCAAGUUUCAACGACUAAGAAGAAAAGAUGUCAGACGAUUUCGAGAAUUCGGUGAUAAACUUGAAGCUGCUCAUAGAUGAAGAGAAAAACAAAGUUGUAUUCGCUGAGGCGGGUACAGAUUUUGUCGAUAUACUCUUUAGCUUUUCGACUUUGCCUAUGGGAACAAUUGUUAGAUUGCUGGAGAUGCAUCACAAGUCACGCUCAAUAGCCAUUGGUUGUUUCAACAACAUCUAUGCAAGUGUUGUGAGUAUGGGAAUGAAGCAUUUCAGUACUCAAGCUUGCAAGCAAAUGCUUUUGUUUCCUGGGAGUUUGAAUCAGGACAAAUGUCAAAAUAUGAAGCUGAAGAUAGAUGAUUCCGAGGCUACCAAGUGUUUCAUGUGUCCUAUGUUUGUGCGAAGCGGACAAUGCAGCAAAGGCUAUAGCAAUUUUAAGACCUCUAGGUGUAGCUGUGGGAAUUUCAUGGAUGAGGUGAUUCAGUUUCAAGGAGAAGGUGGCCGAGGAAAUGGUUCUCAAGCUGAAGUAUUUGUGAGGGGUGCUCAUACUUCAUUCAUAAUCACUGAUGAUUUGAAAGUGCAAGUUAACUCUGUUGGGUCAACGCUUAAUGUUCUUAAAGAUCUUGCCUAUGCAGAUUGCGAUAAGUUGGUUGAAAUGAUUCUUGAGGUGAAUCUCCAAGAGGUAGCGACUUUGCUGGUGUGUUUGUUCACAUCGGAUACUCCAUUGACCGAUACAUUUCUGAAAAAGAAAAGCUCACAUGGUAUGAACAGGAUUCAUAAAAGGCCGAGUCCUUCUCUCAGUGAAGAUAGAGAGGAAACAAAAGCUGAUCAAACGAUAAUGCUCAAUGCGUAUGUUAGGAAGGAGGAAGGGAACAUUCUAUAUGUUGAAUGUGGUGACGACUUUGUUGAUCUUCUUUUCUCUUUCCUUGCUAUGCCUCUGGAAUCUGUAUGGGACAUCUCGGGCAGAGGAAUCAUCCUUGGAUGCAUUGGAAACUUGUGCAAAAGCUUCAAGGAUUUGAGUAGUGCUUCCGCAACUGAAGCUUCAGCUUUUAAAUGUGUUCUUCCUCAUUACUACAAGUGCCAGAAGCAGCUGCUAAAUGAUGUUGUCACAACCCAUCAGCCACCAACUUAUUACCGUUUUGUAUCGUUCUCUGCGGAUCAUUUUCGAGAGUACCGUUUGUCUGAAAACUCUGGUAAGCGACUUGUGUAUGACUGGGAUAAACUCGUGCCUGUGACUUCGAUAGAUCCGAAAACCGAAGGCAACAACACUGCUGAAACAAGUGGAUUUGUGAAGAGAGGGACAAAGUUCAUGGUGACAGAUGAUCUGAUCAUUAAUCCUUCGAACUCAACCUCAACCAUUGGAUUCUUAAAGGAGAAACAGACUCGACUAGAUGAAGUUGAAAUUCGAGUGAUCAAUAUGACAAAAGAAGAGGCCAUCAGAUUAUUGGGAGCUUCAAUGGUGACAUCCUCUGCCUUAAGCACUGGUCUGCUAGCUAUGGAAUCAGCUUCAACAAGUGAUCCUAAAUGCCGGUUUUUUAAGAAGCCGAAGAUUGAGACAGAGACUUGAGAAGCAAUGUUCUAACCGAAAGUUCAUGUUCUUUGCUAGAUUUGAUCACUAGAGAAUCUUUUGCUUAGCAUCUGUAGAAUCUGUUUCAGUUACUGUAUUAGUUUUUUUUGGACAUCGACUUUGUCUAAUCUUUUGAGUAGCAAAAAACUGUUUCAGUUACUAUAUUUGUUUUUUGAACAUCUACUCUGGCUGAUUCAGUUACUAGCAUAGCUUUCGGGAC